GCCGCCCUGAAGACAGGGGCCCCUUUUUGAAUGACAGCGCUUGGGAAGGAAGACGAAUUUUUGUGUGAUUUCCCGCAGCCGCAGCGUCGAUGAGAAGCAGUGGAGGAGCUCCAUUCUAACUGAAUGGAUUGGUAUGGGGAGAAGCGGACCACUAAUCACGGCUAAGCGGCAGCUUUGGGACUGUGUAACGUUGACGAUGGUUUUACUUUCGCUGCUGUUUCGACCAGCUCACUGCCAGCAGUGUCGAAUCCAGCGGUGCAACGCGGAGUAUGUGGCUUCUACCUCCCCCUCUAGUGGUCUGCAGGAGGACCUGGCUCUGGAUGUGGACUACUGCAUCGCCCUGCGGGCCUACGCUCUGUGCACCCGGAGGCAGGCGCGCAGCUGCAGGGGCGACCUGGUCUACCACUCGGCAGUCUUCCGCAUUAAGGAGUUAUUCUCUCAGCAUAACUGCUCCAGCGACGGGCCCACCUCCCCCGCCAAGGUCCCCAGUACGUCUCGGCCGGCCGUGUCGGAGCUCUGCGACUACGAGAACCGGGUCCUCAUGUCGGGUUCGGCCGGCCAGCAGAAGAAAUAUGCACACUGUGGAUUAUUCGGAGACCCGCACCUACGGACUUUCCGCGACGAGUUUCAGACCUGCAAGGUGGAAGGGGCGUGGCCUCUGAUUGACAACCGCUUCCUGUCGGUGCAGGUGACCAACGUACCUGUCGUGCUCGGCUCCAGCGCCACGGCAACCAGCAAGAUCACUGUGAUUUUCAAGUCCUUCCACGGCUGCACCGAUCAGAAGGUGUACCAGGCCACCACGGACGAUCUGCCGCUGGCGUUCCAGGACGGGACUCGCAGCGGCGGCGAGAGCGGCAGCCUGACCAUCGUAGAGCGCGGCGGCGGCUCCUCUGGCGUGGGCCGGCAGGUGAAGAUCCAGGCCCGCUACAUCGGCACGUCCAUCAUCAUCCGGCGCGUGGGCAGCUACCUGACCUUCGCCAUCCGCAUGCCAGAGGACACGCUGGACUUCUCCGAGGACAAUGGCGGUCUGCAGCUCUGCCUGCACGGCUGCCCACGCAGCGAGCUCAUCAAGGAGCACACGCUGGGCCGCCAGAGCCAGCAGCCCCGCCUGCAGGGCUCCAACACGGAGCUGGGUCCUCUGCGGCCCCCGCACCAGGUCUACACGGUGGAGCGAGCCACGGCCAAGUGUAGAGAGACUCUGCAGGUGGAGGACGUGUACUUUCAGUCCUGUGUGUUUGACUUGCUGACCACGGGAGACCCGGAGUUCUCUAUGGCGGCCUACGGCGCUCUGGAGGAUUUAAAGGCGCUGCCGCCCAGUAAACUGAAGCAGAAUUCCCCGAGGACUCCUCUUUACAACAGAGGGGCGUCACACACGCUGGCUGCAGCCGCCAGCAGCUCCCUGCUCUCACUCCUGCUCCUCACGCUGCUGCUUUUGUAAAAAAUAAUAAAUAUAAAUGAUAAAAAAAGGAGAGAAAUAUGGAGACAAACAGAACGUGGAAGCAUUACCAGCUUGAGGAAAGAGUGACUAGAGCUCAGACAUAUAUAUUUGUAUUUUUUUGGGGGGUGGGGGCAAUUUGUGAAUGUUGUGAUCUUUUUCUGUUUUUGUCAUUUUGAAGGAUUUCACACUCAUAAAACAAGGUAUUUGUUGCCAUUUCACAUUUUCUCUGGAUUCAUACAUAGUUGAACAUCAGUUGAAAAAAGACAGAAAUAUGUGAAAUCAUGUGGUUUUUGGGGUCCAGUACAAUAUUUUCACACUGCAACUAUGUUUUAAAAACUCAUAAUUGUGUGUGUGGGCAGCUAAACAGCAUUGAGUUUUUUUUUGUAAAUAUAAAAGUCGUCAUCGUGCACAACUUCCAAACACUCCACCAUGUAUGAAGCUGCACAUGUAACUCCAUACUGUAUGUCAGCUGUUAUUUCUGCCUCUAGAUCCUGUAACAGCACUUAACGCUUUUAACAGCAAGUUUUGUGUAUUCAAAUGUUAUUUCUUUGUCUAUUUCAACUGUUAUUUCAGAAAAUUGGCAUGCUAAAAUACACAGGAUCCAACAACUGUAUGUAAAAACUACCUAUCCAUAUUAUACAAUGUGUCAGUGUGAUAUUCUACAGUUCAGUUCUCAUCUUCUGUGAAACACUCCCUCUUCAAGCUGUCUGGCUUCCAGUUGUUAAAGGUUAAAAAAAAAAAAACACAAAUCUUUAUAUAAUAAUAUAUUAAAAGAGUGUAUAUAUGUGUUUUAUAUUGUGUACAUUUGCCUGUGUAUAGAUGUUUUAACUGUAAUAUGUUUUACAUUUUUUGUGUUUUAGUAGGUUAUUUUGAGACAUUGUAAGAAAAGUAAACUAUGUGUUUGUAAUUUUCUGUAUUAAAGUGUUGGACA